AUGGCCGUCAUGAACCCGCCGUUCAUGAAUUUCUGCUUCCCGGGCUGCGUGACGGAGUACGACGUGGACAAAAGUCCGGACGGGGGUCUCCUGGGCGAGGCAGAGAAGGAGGAGGACUACAGGGAGACCACCAGGGAGCUCCUGAGCUUCAUGGACUCAGCUUCUAGCAACAUCAAGCUGGCCUUGGACAAGCCGGUCAAGUCCAAGAGGAAAGUCAACCAUCGCAAGUACCUACAGAAGCAGAUCAAGAGGUGCACCGGCAUCCUCUCCCCCGACGCGGCGGGCAAGGGCCCAGGGUCCUCCGCCCAGCCGGCAGGCCAAAGCAAGACCCUCCCCAAGCGCGAAGGUGUCCAGGCCAGCAUGCAGAGCCGCAGCCUGGCCGCGCUCUUCGGCCCUGCCAAGGACGCCAAGAAGCCGCCCCUGCGCCAUCGCAACCUGCCGCCCUCCUUCUUCACAGAGCCCGCCAACUGCUCCACCGUGGCCCCCGCCUUGUCGGGGAUGUCGUUGAGGGACCUGGAGCGCUCCAACCCGGAGGCCGCCGACUUCUUCGAGCUGCUGGGACCAGACUACGGCAACGUGUCGGCCGAGCAAGAACUCUUCCAGCCCGCACGGGGGCAGACGGACGUGGCGGGCCUGGAGCUGGCCGCUCACGACGCCCACCACUUCGCCGGGGGUCUCGUGUACUCGGAGCCGUGGACUAGCUGCUCGCCUCCGCUCGCCAGGAAGCUCCCGGAGAGCCUGCGGACGGCCGCCGCCCAGCCUGCGCUCUACUGCCACCCGGAGGCCGCAGCCGUGGACGACAACGCGCUGUGCUCAUUGGCCUUCUCCAACUUCUUCGCGGAAUGUUCCAUACCUCACUUCGACGACUACAGCAGGACCACGUACUCAUCGCUAUGACGCCACUAUUCUUUAUCGCUACGUAACAAGAACGACGACGGACCAGCCAGGACCAUUCGCUAAUGUAGCGUUAGCAUUAGCACCGGUGCUAGAGUUGUACAAAAUGUUUAUUUAAAAAAAGAUGUAACACAAAUGUUAGCAUGAGCGUUCAGUAGCUACAGAACAAGUGUUUUGUACUGCUGCUUGAACGUUUUCCACGUGUUCUAACACUGAAGAUGAAACCGUGACUGACGGAUGUUGCCAAUGCAAAGUUACAAAAUAAAAGUCGUGGUCGUUCUGACAACGCUCUCGAGGCGGCGACAUUUCUCAUUUUUAUCGCCUUCAAACUUCAUGACGGAUGCUGAGAUUUAGCGCUAAAAUGUUUUUUUUUAUCUGUGCA